UCUGUAAGUUUGAAGGCUGUUGAUCGGUUUUAUUUUGAAAAGUGUGAGCGGAAGUUGUUCUUUGCUCUAGUAGCGGCUCUCACGGUGCAGCACCGACAGUGACACCGACUCUUCUCGAACCUGCACAGUGUCAGUGAACGAUGGGACCGACAGGUGAGGUGGUGCUUGGCAGCCCGGCGCCGGUCUGCUCCGAGAACCGGCUGCGAUGGGACCUGGACCCCGAGCAGAUCCAGCAGCUCUCCGACGAGCUCAUCGCCAACACCAAGAAGGUGUACGACCAGGUGGGGGCGCUGGACCUGGACAGCGUCGCCUUCGACAACGUGCUGAAGGCGCUCGCCGACGUGGAGGUGGAGUACACGGUCCAGAGGAACAUGUUGGACUUCCCGCAGCACGUGUCUCCCUGUAAGGAAGUGCGAGCGGCGAGCACCGAGGCCGACAAGCGUCUGUCGGAGUUCGACGUGGAGAUGAGCAUGAGGGAGGACGUAUACCUGAGGAUCGUCGCCCUGGAGCAGAAGGUGGAGGAUCAGAGUCUCUCUUCAGAGUCCAGACGUUUCAUGGAGCGACUGAUCAAACUGGGGAGGAGGAACGGUCUCCACCUGCCGACAGAGACGCAGCAGGAGAUCAAAACCAUCAAGAAGAAGUUGAGCAACUUGUGUAUCGACUUCAACAAGAACCUGAACGAGGACACGACCAGUCUGUCGUUCAGCAGAGACGAGCUGGGCGGCCUCCCCGAGGACUUCCUCAGCUCCCUGGAGAGUGACGGCGACAAGUUGAAGGUCACUCUGAAGUAUCCUCACUACUUCCCCACCAUGAAGAAGUGCUUCGUCCCAGAGACCCGCAGGAAGCUGGAGGAGGCGUUCAACUCCCGCUGCAGAGAGGAGAACUCUGUGAUCCUGAAGGAGCUGGUGGAGCUCCGAGCCCAGAAGAGUUCUCUGCUCGGCUUCAGCACGCACGCCGACUUCAUCCUGGAGAUGAACAUGGCCAAGUCCGGGAAGAAGGUGGCCGGUUUCCUGGAGGAGCUGGCUCGACGGCUGAAGCCCCUGGGCGAGGAAGAGCGAGUGGUCAUCCUCAAACUGAAGGAGACGGAGUGUAAGAAAAGAGGCCUGCCCUUCAACGGAGAGCUGCACGCCUGGGACACCCGCUACUUCAUGACCCAGGUGGAGGAGACCCAGUAUGCGGUGGACCAGAACCUGUUGAAGGAGUACUUCCCGAUGGAGGUGGUGACCCGGGGGCUGCUCGACAUCUACCAGGAUCUUCUGGGUCUGAGCUUCCAGCUGGUGGACGGAGCGGCCGUGUGGCAUCCGGACGUCAGUCUGUACAGUGUGACGGACAGAGGCAGUGGACGGGUCGUGGGACAGUUCUACCUGGACCUGCACCCCAGGGAGGGGAAGUACGGACACGCCGCCUGCUUCGGCCUGCAGCCCGGCUGCCUGCUGCCUGACGCCACGCGGCAGAUGUCAGUGGCGGCCAUGGUGGCCAACUUCAGCAAACCUACGGCCGACGCUCCGUCUCUGCUGCAGCACGACGAGGUGGAGACGUACUUCCACGAGUUUGGACACGUCAUGCACCAGCUCUGUGCCGAGGCGGACUACGCCAUGUUCAGCGGGACCCACGUGGAGCAAGACUUCGUGGAGGCUCCGUCCCAGAUGCUGGAGAACUGGGUCUGGGAGAAGGAGCCUCUGCAGCGGAUGUCCAGACACUACAAGACGGGCAGCGGCAUCCCGGAGGACCUGCUCGACAAGCUCAUUAAGUCCCGGCUCGCCAACACCGGUCUGUUCAACCUGCGGCAGAUUGUCUUGGCCAAAGUGGACCAGGCUCUUCACACCAGAACAGGCCUGGACGCCGCCGAGGAGUACGGACGCCUCUGUCAGGACGUCCUGGGGAUCCCUGCGUCUCCAGGAACCAACAUGCCGGCGACCUUCGGUCACCUGGCGGGCGGCUACGACGCGCAGUACUACGGUUACCUGUGGAGCGAGGUGUUCUCCAUGGACAUGUUCUACGCUCGCUUCAAACAGGAGGGAAUCAUGAACCCCAAGGUGGGCAUGGACUACAGGAAGUGCAUCCUGCGGCCCGGUGGCUCCGAGGACGCCGCGGAGAUGCUGAGGAAGUUCCUCGGGCGGGAUCCCAAACAGGAAGCGUUCCUCCUGAGUAAAGGACUGACGGUGGAGCUGGACGCCGGCACGCCGUGUCCCUGCUGACCAAUCGCAGCAGCUGGCUCCGCCCCCCAGCAGGGACAACGGACUGAGGAGGUUUUCUAGAAAAACAAAAGUGUAAAAUGUGUCUGAACAUGAGCAAGAAAACAACGACACGUGAAUAAAAUGAUUUGAGGUGA